GGAUCCGCGCUCCUCCACGCACGCGCCCUUCUCCCAGUGGUUCCACCUGGGCGUUCUCUGGACCGCUCUCCCACCGGCUCCCCUAGGUCUCAGUCGCCGGCUUCCCGGCGCCAGCUGCUUUCCUCGGACCCCUCCCUCUUCCUGAUCUGUGGGACAGUUCCCAUGGCAGGAGCACAGGCUUUUGGGACCUCGGUCUUUGGGCUUCGGUUCCCCGGACGACCGGUUCUUGAUGUGAAACGCCACUUGGUUCUGCCCUUGUCUUCUGUAUCCAUCAGCGGGCAGGAGUAUCAGAUCUGUGAAAGUGUGGGUGAGCUGAAGGGCAGCAGCCGCGUCCAUGGAGCGAAAGGAAUGCCCGGACCCUGUGCAUCCAGACAGGGACCAGCCUCAGCACCAACGGCCAGCACGAAGAUAGCAGAGCCACCUCAGGGGUGAACCAUGAUCCCGGUGACAGAGCUCCGCUACUUUGCGGACACCCAGCCAGCAUACCGGAUCCUGAAGCCAUGGUGGGAUGUGUUCACUGACUACAUCUCCAUUGUCAUGCUGAUGAUUGCUGUCUUUGGGGGGACGUUGCAAGUCACCCAGGACAAGAUGAUCUGCCUACCAUGUAAGUGGGUCACCAAAGACUCCUGCAACGACUCCUUCCGGGGCUGGGCAGCCUCCAGCCCAGAGCCCACUUACCCCAACUCCACAGUCGUGCCGACCGCCGACACAGGCCCCACAGGUAUUAAGUAUGACCUAGACCGCCACCAGUACAACUACGUAGACGCCGUGUGCUACGAGAACCGUCUGCACUGGUUCGCCAAGUACUUCCCCUACCUCGUGCUCCUGCACACCCUCAUCUUCCUGGCCUGCAGCAACUUCUGGUUCAAGUUCCCGCGCACCAGUUCCAAGUUGGAGCACUUUGUGUCUAUCCUGCUCAAGUGCUUCGAUUCGCCGUGGACCACAAGGGCCCUGUCAGAGACAGUGGUGGAGGAGAGUGACCCCAAGCCAGCCUUCAGCAAGAUGAAUGGCUCCAUGGACAAGAAGUCAUCUACAGUCAGCGAGGACGUGGAGGCCACUGUGCCCAUGCUGCAGCGGACCAAGUCACGGAUUGAGCAGGGCAUCGUGGACCGAUCAGAGACGGGCGUGCUGGACAAGAAGGAAGGGGAGCAGGCAAAGGCACUGUUUGAGAAGGUGAAGAAGUUUCGGACCCACGUGGAGGAGGGGGACAUCGUGUACCGCCUCUACAUGCGGCAGACCAUCAUCAAGGUGAUCAAGUUCGUCCUCAUCAUCUGCUACACUGUCUACUAUGUGCACAACAUCAAGUUCGACGUGGACUGCACUGUGGACAUCGAGAGCCUGACAGGUUACCGCACCUACCGGUGUGCCCACCCUCUGGCCACGCUCUUCAAGAUCUUGGCGUCCUUCUACAUCAGCUUGGUCAUCUUCUAUGGGCUCAUCUGCAUGUACACGCUGUGGUGGAUGCUGCGGCGCUCCCUCAAGAAGUACUCGUUUGAGUCAAUCCGAGAGGAGAGCAGCUACAGCGACAUCCCAGAUGUCAAGAACGACUUCGCUUUCAUGCUGCACCUCAUCGACCAGUACGACCCGCUUUACUCAAAGCGCUUUGCCGUCUUCCUGUCUGAAGUGAGCGAGAACAAGCUGCGGCAGCUGAACCUCAACAACGAGUGGACUCUGGACAAGCUGCGUCAGCGGCUCACCAAGAACGCCCAGGACAAGCUGGAGCUACACCUCUUCAUGCUCAGUGGCAUCCCUGACACUGUGUUUGACCUGGUCGAGCUGGAGGUCCUGAAGCUGGAACUGAUCCCUGAUGUGACCAUCCCGCCCAGCAUCGCCCAGCUCACGGGCCUUAAGGAGCUGUGGCUCUACCACACAGCAGCCAAGAUCGAGGCUCCUGCUCUGGCCUUCCUGCGUGAGAACCUGCGGGCACUGCACAUCAAGUUCACCGACAUCAAGGAGAUCCCCCUGUGGAUCUACAGCCUGAAGACGCUGGAGGAGCUGCACCUGACGGGGAACCUGAGCGCGGAGAACAACCGCUACAUUGUCAUCGACGGGCUCCGGGAGCUCAAGCGCCUCAAGGUGCUGCGGCUCAAGAGCAACCUGAGCAAGCUCCCGCAGGUGGUCACGGACGUGGGCGUGCACCUGCAGAAGCUCUCCAUCAACAACGAGGGCACCAAGCUCAUCGUCCUCAACAGCCUCAAGAAGAUGGUGAACCUGACGGAGCUGGAGCUGAUCCGCUGUGACCUGGAGCGCAUCCCUCACUCCAUCUUCAGCCUCCACAACCUGCAGGAGAUCGACCUCAAGGACAACAACCUCAAGACCAUCGAGGAGAUCAUCAGCUUCCAGCAUCUGCACCGCCUCACCUGCCUUAAGCUGUGGUACAACCACAUUGCCUACAUCCCCAUCCAGAUCGGCAACCUCACCAACCUCGAGCGCCUCUACCUGAACCGCAACAAGAUCGAGAAGAUCCCCACCCAGCUCUUCUACUGCCGCAAGCUGCGCUACCUGGACCUCAGCCACAACAACCUGACCUUCCUUCCCGCUGACAUCGGCCUCCUGCAGAACCUCCAGAACCUGGCUGUCACGGCCAAUAGGAUCGAGGCACUCCCCCCAGAGCUCUUCCAGUGCCGGAAGCUGCGGGCUCUGCACCUGGGCAACAAUGUACUGCAGUCACUGCCCUCGAGAGUGGGUGAGCUGACCAACCUGACGCAGAUCGAGCUUCGGGGCAACCGGCUGGAAUGCCUACCUGUGGAGCUGGGCGAGUGCCCGCUGCUCAAACGCAGUGGCCUGGUGGUGGAGGAGGACUUGUUCAGCACGCUGCCACCCGAGGUGAAGGAACGGCUCUGGAGAGCUGACAAGGAGCAGGCCUGAGCAUAGCCUGGAGGAGCAGCAAGGACCCUCAGCAGGCCCUCAGGCCAAGUGGGCAGUCCAGCUCUCCCAGGACUGCUGGACAGCCAGCCGGGUCCAGCCAGGCAGAGCCCAGGCCAGGCGUGAGCUGGGCCAGGGCAGAAGACAGGAAUUGAGGGGCUGGCCCCUUUUCUCCCUCUGGGACUCAUACACCCAGGGCAGGCACUUGCUGGGGACCGGAAACUCUGAGACUAGUCUGAGAGUACAGUGUUUGGACAAUCAGGGUCUUUACCCUGGGGGCCAUCUCUGCCUCGGGCUGAGCCGGCACCAGAGACCCAGGGACAGUAACUUAGAGCUGGGUAUUUAUUUCUCUCCACCUCCCAUCUCCUCCCUGCAGAUAGCGUAGACAUUCCCAAGACGGUUUGGCUCUGUGGGAAGUGUUGAAGCAGCCUGGCCGCGUCGGCCUCUUUCUUUUCAGGUGAUGCUGACAG